GCCUUCAGCUAUGUUUCUUUUCAACCGCUAGUCUGUAGUACUGUGCUAUUUUCAUUUUUUCCCCAAUUGUUUGAUGUGACAAAUAAUAUAUUUACGCGACAAGUCAGUGUUCAAUCAGUAGCCUAGGCUAGCUUUAAGAUUUAGAAUGGCUUGAUGUUCUUGGCAUUUAUUAUUCUAAUUCAUAAUACAAUAAUGUAUUAUUCCCAUGAAUAAUCAAGAAGGCUACACUUAGGUCAUGAGUCCACACCCACACCUAGGCUACAUAAUCUGUUACCCACCCAAGUGAGUUCACUUUGCAGUCAGCCUGGUGACAUGGGUUUCCGGUGCCUUCAUCGUCAUUGGAUUUCAAUAUGGAGUCUCAUCACACUUGUUUGGAGUUUCUCAUUACCAAAUAUCAGUUCCAGUUCCAGUGUAAUUCUGGCAGGACGCCACAAGGCUGAUUCAGCUAUUCUGGUCUCAAGCUCUUCUCAGAUAAAUGUAACCUGUGGUCCUGAGGUGCCUGAUGAAGCCUAUGACGAGUAUGACAGCCACCCAUCCAUUUUACACGAUCUGAGAGUAGCGAUCAUCUCCACUGAUGAGGGACCAAUGCUAAAUAUAUCCUGGGCUGUCAAAGUAGAUGCGAGCAUUAAUACUCUGAUUGGGCUACAGCUUGAUGUGUCAGCAGAAGAGACAUUCUACUGUCAGUAUAACCCGUCAUUCAAGAGUGUUUCAAUAAGGGAUGCAGACGUGCUGUGGUUCAGCUACACAGUCCAAGCUGAACCUGAUGAUCACUACGUCAUAGUGGCACAUAACUCGCCAGAACCACCGAUCGGAUCUGAAACACUAAUAACAAGACAGGCAUCUAUAUCCACCCCAGGUUGUGACAACAUCAUUAUGAUGAGCCAUCCCACAUGCAGUAGAUUUAAAGGAACCACCAGGCAGCCUAAACCCAGUGAAUCCAUUUUCUUGGAUUCAACUGAUUCAGCCAUUGUGGUCUCAAGCUCUUCUCAGAUAAAUGUAACCUGUGGUUCUGAAGUGCCUCCUGGAGCCUAUGACGAGUAUGAGAGCCACCCAUCCAUUUUACACAAUCUGAGAGUAGCGCUCAUCUCCACUGAUGAGGGACCAAUGCUAAAUAUAUCCUGGGCUGUCAAAGUAGAUGCAAGCAUUAAUACUCUGAUUGGGCUAGAGCUUGAUGUGUCAGCAGAAGUUAGAUUCUACUGUCAGUAUAACCCAUCAUUCAAGAGUGUUUCUAUAAGGGAUGCAGAUGUGCUGUGGUUCAGCUACACAGCCCAUGCUGAACCUGAUUAUCACUACUUCAUAGUGGCACAUAACUUGCCAGAACCACCAUACGGAUCUGAAACACUAAUAACAAGACAUAACAAGAUAUCCACUCCAGGUUGUGACAACAUCAUUAUGAUGAGCCAUCCCACAUGCAGAAGAUUUAAAGGAACCACCAGGCAGCCCUCUGAUGUAGUCACACUGACAGAGCCACCGGAAGAGUCCGGCGCUUCUUGGAUCGUGUCACUGGUCAUGCUGGCCAUGUUGCUGGCGUUUGCCAUUGGAGUCGGCCUCUAUGUGGCUCACUCGGGAAGCCUGUCUAAGGUGACCCCUGAGGUGGUUCCUGUGUCGGUGCUAAUGGUGUACCCGGCCGUUGACGGCGUGUUCCAGCGGGCGGUGCUGGCGCUGGCUGACUUCCUGCAGAGCGGCGGCGCCUGCAGCGUGGCCAUCGACGUGUGGCAGCGGGGCCGGCUGGCCGAGCUGGGCACACUCCGCUGGCUGCACACCGUCGCCGAGAGCGCCAACAGGGUCCUCGUCGUGCUGCCUGGCCACGCCACACACCUGGACGAGUCCAUGGGAAAGCUGCUCACUCCCUCUCAGGUUGAGCACACGGUACCCGCUUCGGCUUACGAGCUCUACCCCUUGGCGCUCAAGAUGCUCAGUCAGUCCAAGCUGUGGGUGGUCCGCCUGGGCAAGACGGCCGCGAGGAGCAGCGUGCCCGUGGAGCUGAGGGGCUGCCGCUCCUUCGCCCUGCUCGAGGACCUCCAGAAGCUCCUCCACGGCCUCUGUGCAGGACGCACGCCUGUGGGGGCCCCGUGGCUGAGGUCCUGGUGGGGUGGGGGGAGGCGGUGGCAGGACUCAGACACAGCUCUGGACAAACUGAAGGAGGUGGUGCAGCAGCUGGAGCAAUGGGCGCAAUCCAAGUCCUGCAAAGGGGAGGCUCUCCAAAUUGUCACAGUCUGAGGCAUCAGGCACACACGAUACAUCAGGAGGGGAUGACAAGUAUUCAAGUAUUUGAACCCAUGCAUAAGUUGACUAAAAAGAGGAAUAUACAAUCAUCUUUUGUCAAUUGUUCUUAAUGCCUUCAUUCAAAAAAUCAGUAAAACUCAGACCGCUCAGGACACCAAUUGUCUUUCUGACUGACGAAUGUAUCGUAAAUAUAAAUAAAUGUUCUUCCUUAAAUACAGGGGGCAUAAGUAUUUGACCCCUUUGUUAAAUUCCCAUAGGAGCAGGAGGAUUUCUUUUAAUAUGUUUUCAUUGUUAAAGGUCAGCUAUUUCAUGGAUCCAGGAUAUUAUGUAUCCUGAUAAAGUUCCCUUGGCCUUUGGAAUUUAAACAGCCCCACAUUAUCACAUACCCUUCACCAUAGCUAGAUUGGCAUGGUCUUUUUUUCCAGCCUAUUAGCCUGUUUAUUUGCAUUGAGCUCAAUGAGCAUCAAACAGGCUAAUAGGUUCAAAUACUUAUUCUCCCCACUGUAUAUAUUCAUACCCAGUGCUAUAUAGUGACGAGCAGAGGUCACCCUGGCUGCCUGGAGCACUAAAAGAGGGCUUUUGUUUCACAUGUCCAAACUGACUUACAUACAGUGCCUAUAGAAAGUCAUCAUACCCCUUUGAAAUAGUUACAGCCUGAAAUCAAAACCCAUUUUUAAAAAAGCAUUUUUCCAGUUUUAUUUACAAAUGCUAUACAUCAAAAUAAUGGGGGGAAAAAGACCAACAGUUUUGAAAAUUAAUAAACAAUGAAAAACUAGAAUAACAGGGUUGGGAAAGUCAUCAUACACCUGAUUUAAUACUUGGUAGAGCUUCCUUUUGCUUUCAUUAUGGCAAUCUUCUUUGCAGAAUUGUUCAAAUUCAGUCAAAUUCUGUGGGGAACGGCAAUGGACUGCUCUCUUCAAUUCAAUCCACAGAUGUUCUAUAGGAUUUCAGUCGGGGCUCUGACUUGGCCACUCCAGGACAUCACCUUCAUAUCCUUAAGCCACUGCUUUGUUCUUUUGGCAGUAUGUUUAGGACCAUUGUCGUGGAAGGUGAAUGACCUCCCCAAAUAUCACUUUAUUCUGACUAGUUUUUCUUACUCUCAUUUCAUGUUUAAUUCAUCUGACAGGACAUAAUAUUGGGUGUAUGGGGCUGUUUGAUAUUGCAAGAAUACUUCUGAUUUUACGUGUUAGUAGUUUUCACAUGUUCACAUUGUUUCCAUUGUAUUUCAAUAUGGAUCAUAUUUUCUGUUACAAAUAUAUUUAUAUUGUCUUCUGUUACAUGUUUUUAUGAUUUUGAUAAAUAAAACUAUUUAUGUAAAACCGA